UUGUAUGAGACUUCACAGCGCAUGGUGCGAACGUUACUAAUCGUCCUGUAGCUACCAGGAAGUAAAUAAGUCGUGUGUCACGGACAAUGGUGGCAGAUCCCUUUCCCUUGAACUGCCUGCUGCCGUCAGUUGAUAGCUCCUACUACACUAGCCCCCGACUAGAUCUACUCUUGAAUGCUACACUCCGCUAUUCCUCUUCUCUACACGAUCGUCCCGACUACUCAAUCGGGUGGCAAGAUUGGGCAACGAUUGGCAGCAUGCUCCAUGGUGCAGCAGUCACUCGAUCCAGCCUUCGCCAUCCUAGGGUUUUGGUGUGUGUCUGUGCUCAGGUCCAACGAGGCCAAUGCAAGGCUCUCCCACGUCUGGGGCAUGUCGGUGUCGCUCCGAGAUGCCCGGAACCCGGCCACUGGAUUUACAGGUACCGAGCCGUGUCUGUUGGCGCCUUUGCCGCGCUACGUAUCCGUAUCUACCCGAGAGGGCGUGUUGCUCAGGCGAGCCCCUGCCAAGCGACGAACCAGACCUACUUGCUGUCCUACAACCUGUGAUGCCCACGGAAGGAGCAAGUCCAACCCAGCCUUUACCGUUCACGCCAGUAUAACCCCCGCGCAACCAAAGGGAAGCUGAAGAUCGCCACCUCCAGUAUACGGAUGAGAACUACAAACUGACUCCGUUGUGGGUUUUUAUUUCGCUCGCUGUCCUGAGU